GUUGGAAAUUCCAUGUUCUCUUACUCGAAAUCUUCGCUCUUGCUAAUCGGUGUUGGGAAAUUCAAAUUUUCUCGAAAAAAUUUCCGAAUUUGGUAGUGGGAAGGAAAGUGAAGGAAAAUGCAGUCUCUGAGCCUCAGGGCUUUCUCGGAUUUCUAUACUGGUAUGGGUAGGUCGUGGCCGGGACGGCGAGGGAGCUUCGGGUUCGCUGAUUUGGAGACGGGGACGAGAAGGCAAUGGCCGUGCGGGAUUGUCGCGUGUUCUUCGGUCAGGAAUGGCGGUGGUGGUGGAGGAGACAUUCACAGUUCGAGUUCGUUUCUUUCGCGGAGCCAAACUUAUGCUCUUUUGAAGCAGCAAAUGGAGGUCGCUGCAAAAUCAGAGGAUUACAAAGAAGCUGCCAGAUUGCGCGAUUCAUUAAAAUCCGUUGAGGAAGAGGAGCCAGUUUUGCGCCUCCGAGGACUGAUGAAAGAGGCAGUGGCUGAUGAGAGGUUUGAGCGGCACAGCUGCAUUUUUGCACAAAAAUUUGGCCUUGAGCUGGCCGCGCUUGAGGGAGUACCAUUUAUUUUGGAAGGCUUGGACGAGAUGGGUGUCUCGGGGGUUCCGGGAGAGGGGCAGGCCAUAGGGGUUUCUUUUUCGGAGAGGCGACGAGAGGAAGGGACUUGGGCAAGAUGGCAGUGGCGGAGGAGGCCGAGAGGGAGAGCGGUUGCAAGUGGUCAAGGGAAGAGGGUGAAGAGGCUAAUGCCAUUGAUGGGGGAGGCGGGUUGGCGGAACAUUCUUGGCACUGCAGUGGCAAUGGUGGAUCUUAGGGCUAAGGAUUUGGGAGGGAUGAGUCAGCAACAUCUAUAA